GCCGCGCGCUCUUCACUUCUUGGGGGCUUUUUAAAACAGCGCCACUGGGGUCUUCUCCAUGCGGCUCGGGCUAUGACAGCCUCCGUGCUCCUCCACCCCCGCUGGAUCGAGCCCACCGUCAUGUUUCUCUACGACAACGGCGGCGGCCUGGUGGCCGACGAGCUCAACAAGAACAUGGAAGGGGCGGCGGCCGCGGCGGCGGCGGCGGCGGCGGCGGCCGGGGCUGGGGGCGGGGGUUUCCCCCACCCGGCGGCCGCGGCCGCGGGGGGCAACUUCUCCGUGGCGGCCGCUGCCGCCGCUGCCGCCGCCGCCGCCGCGGCCAACCAGUGCCGGAACCUGAUGGCGCACCCCGCGCCCCUGGCGCCCGGCGCCGCGGCCGCCUACGGCAGCGCGCCCGGGGAGGCGCCCCCGUCGGCCGCCGCGGCUGCCGCAGCCGCCGCCGCCGCCGCCGCCGCUGCCGCCGCCGCGUCGUCCUCUGGAGGCCCCGGCCCGGCGGGGCCCGCUGGCGCCGAGGCCGCCAAGCAGUGCAGCCCCUGCUCCGCCGCGGCGCAGAGCUCGUCGGGGCCCGCGGCGCUGCCCUACGGCUAUUUCGGCAGCAGUUACUACCCGUGCGCCCGCAUGGGCCCGCACCCCAACGCAAUCAAGUCGUGCGCGCAGCCCGCCUCGGCCGCCGCCGCCGCCUUCGCGGACAAGUACAUGGACACCGCCGGGCCCGCGGCGGAGGAGUUCAGCUCCCGCGCCAAGGAGUUCGCCUUCUACCACCAGGGCUAUGCUCCCGGGCCUUACCACCACCACCAGCCAGUGCCCGGCUACCUGGAUAUGCCCGUGGUGCCAGGCCUCGGGGGCCCCGGCGAGUCGCGCCACGAGCCCCUGGGUCUUCCCAUGGAAAGCUACCAGCCAUGGGCACUGCCCAACGGCUGGAACGGCCAAAUGUACUGCCCCAAAGAGCAGGCGCAGCCUCCCCACCUCUGGAAGUCCACUCUGCCCGACGUGGUCUCCCAUCCCUCAGACGCUAGCUCCUACAGGCGAGGGAGGAAGAAGCGCGUCCCUUAUACCAAGGUGCAAUUAAAAGAACUUGAACGGGAAUACGCUACAAACAAAUUCAUUACCAAGGACAAACGGAGGCGGAUAUCAGCCACUACGAAUCUCUCUGAGAGGCAGGUUACAAUCUGGUUCCAGAACAGGAGGGUCAAAGAGAAAAAAGUCAUCAACAAACUGAAGACCACUAGUUAAUGGAUUAAAAAAUGGAGCAAGAGAGCAAGUUGGAGAAAUACUUCAGAACUCGUUGCUUUGCUCACCCAAGGCUUAAUAAUAAUUGAAGAACGGAAAAGAGAAGAAAAAGAGAGAGACACUGGCAUUUCACCUACCUAAGGGAGAUUUCUUCUUCCAUGGUGGAAUCUACAACUCUUUUAAAACUUUAAGAAAUGGUCAAGACUGCCAAACCUUCCAGACCGUUAAUUGACAAACUCUAGAGUCAAACGUCAAACCCCAAAUACGCAAUUUCAAAUAACUUACGAAUUUACUGAAAUCUUGUAAGUAUUUAUGUGACCAUUAUAUUUUAGGACAGUAAUGGUAAUGGUGAUAAUCCAAGAGUUGGUUACAAGAGCAAGAGGCUGUUUGUAAACAUCUGCUUGUCCUUGGGUCAGCACCAAGACCCCCCACCCCCAUCUGCAUGUUAACUAAAGGCUCAGGUAAACCUUAGUUUCUACCAGUGUUGUAUAUUCUACAAAAAUAUAGCAUUAUAGAUUUAGAGGUGGAAAGUGGAGAAGGUACUGAAUUGAUGAUCUUGGACCAUUUACUAUGAAGGGAAAAAUGGAGAGGAAACUUCUCCAAGGAUUAUAUGCCUUGGUAGUAAAUACAACCAACUGAGCCUUUCAGGCUAUAAGGGAAUCCCAGUUUAGAAAUGUCCUUCUAAUAAUAAUUUCUGAUUGUUUAAGAAAAAAAGUUUUGUGACAUUUGGACUGUAUUUUCUGCCCCCAAUAUAAUUUACUUUCCAAGAGAUUUUAUAUCUUAAGUGUCAGAUUAUUCACAUAAUUCACUUUGCCCGAUUUUCUGAGAAGACUCCGAUGUGGUGGACUUUGGCUUGAACACAGAUUGUGUUUCAUUCAGAUUGGUAUUUCUGAAUAUUUACUAAACAUUUUGCGGGAGAAAUAUUUUUUCUCUUUUUGUUUUAUAGAAAACUCAGAACAGAAAUCCAUUCCCCUGGAACAUUUAGAUGUUUACAUCCUCUAGUAAGGAGUUAAUAGUUUUAUCUUGUUGAUUAUAUUAUGAGUCUGCAUUAGAGACUUUAAGGAUUCAUCUUCACUGCACAUUUUUAAUUAAGCAGUUAUUUCAACCAGCACAUUCGUUUUGUUCAUAUUCACUAUAAAAUGCUAUCUUGUAAAUAAAGGCAAUCCAGCACACUGUGAAAAUGUA